AGAGCUAAGAAGCCAACAACUGCGUAUUGUGGAUAUUCGUGCAUUCGAAAAGAUAAUGUAAACAUUUAAGAAAAAAAUAUAUUUCACCUUUAAGAUGCCACUGUUUUAAAAAUAUGUUUGAACAGUGGUUAAAAAGCUAGCUAAUAUGAUUAUACCCUAAACAAAGUGCAACCUAAUAUUGCUCGAUUAUCUUAACAUCUCCUCAUCUGUGAAGUGUUUGCGAACGGCACAUAUCUAAAUCUCUUCACUCCUCUGGGACGAGACGGUACAACAUGAACAUGGACUGCUAGGACCAAUACACUGCUGUGGCCGGUUAUGUGAACACAUGGGUCCAGGAUGACAACCCUGGAGAAGGACAUGAGUGAGCUCCACUUGAGUCUGGACUCUGGUUACAGCGUCAUAAAGACGCCGACUCCAAGCUCUUGGCCCAUGGAGGGUGAUCCUUCUACACGCCUCACCGAGGCUGAUGUAUCUGACACCGUAUGUCUAAGCAGACGAAGCCUGAAGGAUGUACCAGACUAUGUGUUAAGGUGCACUAAACUUAAGAACUUAUAUCUUGAAGGCAAUCAGAUGUCCAGUCUUCCAACCAAUCUGUUCAGGAGUUUGCCCUGUUUAAUUUGGUUGGACCUAAGAAAUAACCAACUCAGUGGUCUUCCGGCAGGUAUUGGGCAGCACAGAUGCUUGAGGACUUUGCUGCUGGAGGGUAACCCUAUUACAGAACUACCAGUAGAGUUGGGUAACAUGCUGACGCUGAGAGCCCUGAGUCUACGGAACUGUCCCGUCACGUUCCCACCGCAGGACGUUCUGCAGCAGGGGCUCAUGCACAUCCUGCAGUUUCUGCGGCAACAGUCCGUGGUCCGACGGCCACUGAGCGUGUGCAGCAUCCUUUCAGCUCCAGACAUGCCGUCUGUGGAGAGGCUCCCGCUGGCCGAGGUGCUCCAGUCCAGCGUGGAUCUGUGCGAGGAGGCGAAUGACAGCGAGGCCCGGCGCUUCGAGGAGCUCAGACAGAGGAUGACCCAGAUGGGGAGAGCAGAUUUAGGGUCCCUCACACCAGCCGCUCAGCAGCCAUGCCACCCCCGGGCAGCAGGGGGUGACAGAUCUCGCAGAACCUGUCCUCUGCCCCCCAGCAGGAGGACUCGAGGGAUGUUCCCCGAGCUUCCGCCAUCUGAUGUGCAGCGCUGGUGGAGAUCAGGGGAAAGAAAACUAGCUGCAGAGAAAGAGCUGAAGGAAAAACAAGCCUUACUAGAACAAAGAAGAAAAGAUGAGGAGUUGUUGCGGGAGUGGAGAAACCAGGCCAGGAUCAUGCAGGAGUGGAAGACUCUGGAACACAAACAGCUCAGGGGAGAGCGGGAUCAGAGGAGAGAGGAUAUGAGGAAUAUCCCAGAUGGUGACAAGUCGCUGUGCAGUGUGAGAGACAGUGGUCAGACCGUGUAUGACCAGAGUGCAACACAUGGGUCAUACAGGAAGGAAGUAAAGGAGACCAGACUGUUGCGUGACCAAGAGCUGGAGCAGCGCAUCCGGACUCACGUACAGAUGAUGCAGCAGAGACGCAGGGGCCCCCGAGGCCCACCCAGGGACGAGGCUCAGGCAGCAGCCCUGGAGUUAGAGCAGGUGAAAAGGCUGCAGUUGGACCUUGAAGAAAGAAGACGGGAGAGAGCUCUCGAGUAUCGAUUAACUGCCUUCACUGGAGAGAGCUCUGCAAGACUUUACGAUAAAUAACAGGCCUUCAGCUCUGUUGUGACUGGGGCAGGCUGCAGUAGUACAGAUCAACACAAAGUGAUGGGUUACAGUGGAACAGUGCCACUAUAGCACUAACUGUUGAACUUGAAUAUGCUCUGAACAUACCGUCACUAGUCACUUCCCACGUUCAUUUUCAAUUCGACCACAGUGUGGCGCGUUUCUAUUCUUAUACAUUGUCGUCUCCAUCCACUGAAUCAAUUCAUAGUUUGCAGUCAGCCAUUUUAAGACUGGGGCCUACUAGGUUGCUUUAGCCAAAAUAACUAUAUUUGUUUCUGAUGUAUGUUAUCAGAUGUAUAUUCUGGUUGCACUCGGAUAAUAAUUUAAAAUGUCAUGUAGACUCGUGUUUAUUAAAUCUAGUUUUGCCCUCGA